AAAUUAGUUUCACUUCUGCUCGUGUUAAUGUGGCUUUGUGACUGUGGCCACAAAGGGCUACAUACCCCAGCUGGUUUCACAUUUCUGUACCAAGGCAGAGAAACUGCUGCUGUCUCCUCUGUGGCACCCUGGAGCUGAAGCUGAAAAAGUGACAUCUGGCUGAUUCUCCAAGUGGACAAAAGCAGGUGUUUACAUAACAGAAAAUGGCAGAAACUGAAGAUUUUCUGGGUCAGGAACCACAUCCAGUUGAUGAUGAUUUAUUUAAAGAACCAAUGAAAAAAAGAAGACGAUCAGAUAGAGACCAGAGGUUCCGAGCAUUUCCCUCCGUGGAACAAAGUGCCCUGAAGGAAUAUGAAAGAUUGGAGUCCCGGACCAGAAGGGUUCUGAGCAACACGUACCAGAAACUUAUUCAGUCUGUGUUCCUGGAUGACAGCAUUCCUAACGGCGUCAAAUACCUCAUAAACAGGCUCCUUGCCUUGAUUGAAAAGCCAUCAUUAGACCCAAUCUACAUUGGAUUAUUUGGAAGCACUGGGGCUGGGAAGAGCUCCCUGAUCAACGCCAUCAUCCAGCAAGACAUGCUGCUCCCAGUGUCUGGAGAAAGUAUCUGUACGUCGUGUAUUGUGCAAGUGAGCUCGGGCUGCUGUGAGCAGUACGAGGCCAAAAUCCACCUUCUCUCUGACCAGGAGUGGAAGGAGGAGCUGAAGAACUUGACAAGGCUCCUGCACAGGGCGGAGGAGCCAAGCGGAGAAGAGGAGGACGCGUGGGGCAGGGAUGAUGCAGUGGAGGAAGCUGUUUGGAAGCUACAACUGUUCUAUGGAAAUGGGGCCGAAGGGAAGAACUAUGAGGAGUUACUGAGGGCAAAGCCCAAAGGGAAGAUCCCCACCUCCAGAGUCAUCACCCUCAAGGCAGAAGAGGCGGGGGAGCUGUCUGUCAAGCUGGACCCCUACAUCCGGACUCAGAGGAGAGGCUGGGAUGGAGAAUCAGCUGAGACACACAUCUGGCCCCUGAUCAAACUUGUGGAAGUGACUCUUCCCAAAUCAGAGCUGAUCCCAGAAGGGGUUGUGCUGGUGGACAUUCCAGGCACAGGCGACUUCAACAGCAAGAGGGAUGAGAUGUGGAAGAAGACUAUCGAUAAAUGCUCAGUAAUCUGGGUGAUUAGUGACAUUGAGAGAGUUUCUGGAGGGAGAGCACAUGAAGACCUUCUGAAUGAGAGCAUCAAAGCCUGCCAAAGGGGGUUCUGCAGGGACGUGGCCCUGGUGGUCACCAAGACCGACAAGCUCCACCUGCCGGAAUACCUAAGGGAAAGAAAAGUGGGAAAUCAAGCUAUUCAAAGUCAGCGAGAGGCUGUUCUAGAAAGAAAUACAGUGAUAAAGCUACAGAGGAAUAAAAUGCUCAAGGAAAAACUAAAGAGUAAACUCCCAGCUGACUUGAAGAUUCUGGAAGCCUCAGAGCUGGUGUACACAGUCAGCGCCCAGGAGUACUGGCAGCAGGGUCUCCUCGCUGAGGAGGAAACUGAAAUCCCCAAGUUAAGAGAAUAUAUCAGGAGAAGGCUCUUGGACAAGAAGAGGAGGAUGGUGACCACAUACGUCACAGAAGCCUUUGGCCUGUUGCUCCUUACAGACAGUUUCAACUGCGCGGAGAACCUGCAGAAUGAAUACUCGCACGUGAGUGUCCUGCGGAGGUUUGUGGAAGAGAAGAUACAGCUGCUGGAGAGGAGCAUCGACCAGUGCUUUGCCCACAUAGAGCGGCCUCUGCAGGAGGGGGUCCGGGACGCCAGAACUGCCUACCGACGGCUCCUUGGGGCGUGCCUGGUGAGGAGUAAAGGGAACCAGGGUUUUCACCAGACUCUGAAAGCGGUUUGCCUGAAGAACGGAAUCUAUGCCUCCAGGACGCUCGCGAGAAUAGAUCUGAACGAAGCCAUCACUCAGCCCAUCUACGACCGGAUUGAUCCCGUUUUUGGAGGCAUUUUCAGUAGGUCUGGGAAGCCCACUGAUGGUUUAGCUCUGAUGCCUCAUAUAGAUGCCUUUAAGCACUCUCUGCAGGAGAAAAUGACAGAAAUUGGGAUAAGAAAUGGCUGGAAAUAUGAUAGCUACAAGAGGAGUUUCCUGAUCCAGGAGAUCAGUGCCAUCCUGGGCGGCCUGGAGGGACACAUCCUGAGAAAGAGGAGGAGGAUCUAUGAGUCUCUCACCACCUCUGUUCAGAGCGACCUGAAGCCCUGUUACGAAGAGGCAGCUCAGAUCACUGGCAAAAAAGCAUGUGAAAGAAUGAAAGACGUCAUCAGAAGAGGGGUGGACCGGCAGGUGGCCGAGGGCAUGUUCGAAAGGGCUCAGCAAAGGAUGCAGCACCAGUUCCAGCAGCUGAAGAACGGGAUCACGGAGAAGGUGAAGGGCAGCAUCGCCACCAUGCUGACACUGGCCUCGUCCCAGGGGGACGGGCUCUACAAGGAGCUUGCAGAUGUCAAAAGCGAAUACAAGGAGAUGGAGAAGCUGCACCGAAGCCUGCGGGAGGUUGCUGAGAAUGCAGUGCUGCGGAGGGGCAUGCAGGACUUCCUUCUGAGGAUGUCCCCCAGCAAGGCUCCCCCACCAAGCAGAUUUAAUUCUUAGGGUCGAGCACCAAAGGGAUGGGAUACAAACCUGGAGACAAAUAAUCAGAUUUACUUCUGUUUUUAAAAACCUAAUAAAGAGCAUCUCCCAACUCUAUUGGGACUUUAUAGACAA